UGAUUUAAUGGAAAAAUGUGUGGAAAAUCGCGAGUUCGCGAAGCAGCGAUGAACAAACGGUCAUUUGUUAAAAAGUCUACGUAGAAUAGUAGUUAAUUUUUAUAAUAAACAAUUAAUAAAUUGGACAUAAUCGAGAAGUAUAUACUCAAGAGUGUAUCAAACACAUAUCUUCUUAUCUUUGUCUUUCUCACUCGAUGUAAUUAUUUUCUGAACGCAGUUAGUUUACUAGUCGUCAAUUAAUAAAUCUCUAGUUUAGUGAUUGAAUUUCCUUGAUCACGAUGACACGAAUAAAUCUUGCGGUAAAAUAUUUAAAUCAAGAUCAUCUGACUGGCUUCGAGAAUUAUAAGUAUAGUUCGUUAGAUACCAGCCCACUCAGUAUCUAUGUAAUGCAUCCAUUUUGGGAGAAAGUUAUUAAAAUAUGCCCAACAUGGAUUGCUCCAAAUCUUUUAACAUUCUCAGGUUUUUUAUUCACCGUACUAAACUUUGUAUUAUUUUCAUAUUAUGAUUAUUAUUUCUAUGCAUCGAGCAAAGAUCAUCCUGAAUAUCCACCAAUACCAUCCUGGGUAUUUGCACUGGCUGCAUUCAAUGUAUUUAUGGCAUAUACUCUUGACGGAAUCGAUGGAAAACAAGCCCGAAGAACACAAACUACAGGACCUCUAGGUGAAUUAUUUGAUCAUGGGCUUGAUAGUUGGACAGCAGGGGUAAUGGUCAUUUGUAUAUACUCUGUAUUUGGACGUACUGAUCAUAGUGUGUCGGCUGUAAGAAUGUAUUUUAUUCUCUGGUACGUUUGUAUAAACUUUUAUUUAAGUCACUGGGAGAAGUACAAUACAGGAAUCCUAUUUUUACCAUGGGGAUAUGAUGCUUCCAUGUUAGGAACAAUUUUAGCAUUUAUUUUAACCAGCAUUAAUGGUCCUGAAUUAUGGAAAUUUGAACUACCUUUUGGAAUAACAGGAGGAGUGUUUUUUGAAUUAGUCUUGUAUACUGGAGCAUUAGUAUCUAACAUACCAGUAGUGGUAUGGAAUAUAUAUAAAUCAUACAGAGAUAAAACUGGAAAAAAUCGAACAAUUGCUGAAGCUCUCAGACCUUUAGUGCCUCUUAUUGCAUUAUUUACCAUUGCAACAGUCUGGGUUUUAAACUCUUCUAGUAACAUUGUCGAGGCAGAUCCUCGAGUUGUUUAUUUUAUUGUAGGAACAAUAUUCUCAAACAUUUGUUGUCGACUCAUAGUAUCACAAAUGAGUAAUACAAGAUGUGAAAUUUUCCCAUUGAUCAUAUUACCUAUCGCAGGAGCGGCACUGAUCUCGCAUAUACUCCCUCAAUUUGAAUUAGAAGUAAUGUACUUGAUGGCAAUGUUCGCUUUUGUGGCUCAUAUACAUUAUGGCACUUGUGUUGUACGCCAAAUGUGCCAUCAUUUCCGUAUAAGUACAUUCCGCAUCAGAGAACAUUCAGAAUGACUACUUGCCGACGAUACAUGUUAAAAAUGGAGAACACUUUUAGACAAGGGAUAGGUAGAUCUGACACACGUUUAUCAUCGCCAAUUAUUGCGAAAGAAAUUAAAUGAAAUUAUAAAUAAUAACAAAAUCAUUUGUCUAUUAUUUUUUUCAUUAUCCAAUGAAAGUUUAAACUCUGACUCAUUAUUUUUACUCAUUUUUUUUUUAUUAUUAAAACUUUUUAUUUGGUUUUGGUUCGUGUGUAGGUUUAUCAAUGUGUUACUUCAUUUUUAUCGUGUAUCGUCCCUCGGACGUUACAUCAUUUUUUAUUGGAUCUAUUUUAUGGUCUCUCGUGCCAUAGUUGAUUAAAUUACAAACUCAAAAAUUGUAAAUUUAAUUUUUAAGCCUACAUAUAUUCUAUGUAUAUCGGUAUUCUUUCAUCCGUACUCAACGUAUAUGUUUGACUCCCUCAUUUACCAAAAAUGACUAUUAUAUUAAUUUUUAUUGAUAAUUAUUACCAAACAUAAUAUAUAUGAAAUGUAAUUAAUAUUGUACUACUCAAGUGAUUUUUUUAUGCAUUUGAAAUUAUGUUAUUGAUUAUAUUGAACAAAAACAAUAUUUAUUUCACAAUGAAGUAUAAAAAUUUUUUUACAAUUGUUAUGAAUUGCUUUGAAAUAUGGGACACGAAGAAUAGAGAAAAGUGAGAUUGUAACAUUGUAAUUAAUUUUUAAUUAAAAAUAAUGUACAAACUAGUCCCAAAAAAUAAUUUUAAGUGGUGUAUUGUCAAGUAACUCAAAAAAGAGUUGUGUAUAUGUAUAAAAUAUGCAUCACGAAU